GAAGGAGCGGGGCCGCCGCCGCCGCCGCCGCCGCCGGUAUAAAAGCGCGUCCGCGCGCGCCCCGCCCGGGCUGCGGCGGCGGCGGCGGCUCCGCUCCGGCUGCGGCGGAUCCGGCGCUUCCCGCCCCGCACCCGGUGGCAACAUGUGGCUCCUGGAGCGGCUGCGUGGUGUGGCGGAGAACGGCGGGUCCCGGGGUGCGGGGCCGGAGGAGUCCCCACGGGGGUCCCGCUACAGCAACGUCCUCACCCCCGACAAGAUCCCUGACUUCUUCAUCCCACCCAAGCUGAGCGCGGCACCCGCCGAGGCCGAGGGUGCCGAGCCCCCCGCAGCGCCCGCCCUGGGCCCCUCGGCCUCGGAGCAGGACCUGGCCGGGCGCAAGCCCCCCCGCAGCCCCCGGCCAUCCAGCCGACCCCGGCAGCGGGCAGCCGGCCGGCACAUCAUCCAGAUCGAGAGCGCCGAAGACUGGACGGCCGAGGAGGGCUUCAGCACCAACGCAGACCCGCAGGCGCAGACGGCCAUGUCACUGCCCUACGUGCCCAAGGCGCAGACCUCCUACGGCUUCGCCACGCUGAUGGAGAGCCCCCACACGCGGCGCAAAGAGUCGCUCUUCCACAGCGAGCACAGCAGCCUCUGCCCCUCGCCGGCCACCUCGCCCAGCGCCCAGCGCAGAGCCAAGCUCAACGGCGAGGGCAGGCCCCGGGCACCCGCCGACCUGGGCGCAGCCCUCAUGCACCCCGGCCGCUACUUCAGCGGCGGCGAGAGCGACACGUGCUCCUCAGCCGAGUCCUCGCCCUUCGGCUCCCCGCUGCUCUCCCGCUCCGUCUCCCUGCUGAAGAUCUUCAGCCAGGAGAGCCAGUCCAAGGUCAUCAAGCUGAAGCACUCGGUGGCCCGCAACAGCUCCCUCUCCACCGACGACAGCUCAGCCGACACCAGUCCCAGCGCCCAGCGCCGCGCCAGGAGCGCCCCGGCCGGGGGGCAGCCGCCCGCCGCCCUGCUGCCCCUGGACCUGCCGCCGGGCCGUGACCGGGAGCACAGCCUGCGUCUCAGCCGGGGCGGGAGCCUGCGCCUGGCCGCCGAGUACGACCCCUCCAACGCCCGGCUGCGCGUGCGGCUCGUCUCCGCCGAGGACCUCUACGACGCCCUCGUCGACCUGCGCAGCAUCAACUGCUGCGUCUCGCUGUGCCUCAACCCCGGGAAGCUGCAGAAGCAACGCAGCACCAUCGUCAAGAACAGCCGCAACCCCGUCUUCAACGAGGACUUCUUCUUCGAUGGGCUGGGCCCCGGCCACGCCAGGAAGAUGUCCCUGAAGCUCAAGGUGGUCAACAAGGGCAGCAGCCUUAAGCGGGACACGCUGCUGGGGGAGAAGGAGCUGCCGCUCACCGCCCUCCUGUCCUGCCUGUAGGCACUCGCUGCCCACCCGGGGGCGGGGGCUGGG